UUGACAUCGGCCAUAUUGGAUUUGCUCUAAACGAGAAAACGAUGGCAGAAUCAACAGAACGUAAACUUGAAGUCCAAACGGACACCAACCAUUUCACCCUUAAAGGAAGACCAUGUGAAAUGUCUGCAUACUCAUUUAUACCUACUAAAAGAGAAGAUCCUGCAGAAAGAACUGUUUUCAACACCCCUAAAGAUGUGACAAUUGCCGUGGCGGAGGAAAGAUACCCCUAUUCAACAUAUGAGAGAAUGUUUCGAAAAGAAAUUGGAUUCAACAAAAAGUUGCAUCGAGAUGACAGAGAGCAUGCCAAAUCUCGGGGCCUCAAAGUCAACGACGAGGAAAAAACAAAAGAGGUACCCACCUUAGCUUCCUCUGAAUAUGGACAUCGCCUGAACUUGCAUGUAGACAAUCCAACACGAGAACACGUGAGGAUUGCCCAUGUGAGAUCUGAGUUCUACAGGAGGAAUGGGAUCACAUCCUGAGUGUUUCUACUUAGUGAAUCCCGAACUCCAUCUUGGACAUCAUUGGUUGUGCAAUUCAUUCAUAGAGGACAUCUAGCUAACUUAUCUAGGAUUAUAAACAAUAGUGUUAACAUCAUAACCCAAGGUUACUGAAAAUGAGGCAUAUCUAUAUGGUCAUCGUAUAUGGGAAUAACAGACCAGAGGUCAAUGUGUAUUAGUUGAAUGUCAUAUCAGGCUAGCUAAUACUUCAUAGAUGUACUAAGAAAUUAUAUUUGGGAUUGAUGUUACCUAAAAAUGUAUAACACAGAGAAAGCAAUAUUUGAGGGGGUUACUUCCAGAAUUACAGAAAAACUUUUUUUCCUCAAUUAUUUUUCUGUAAUAACUAUCGAGGUUUUAUUGGAAACCUUGUACAUAGUAUCAUUUAUCGAUAAUUUGAUCUGUUGUCUUAAGUAUUGAAAUCAUGACAAUGUAGUAUGAUUUAACAGUAUCACAGAUUUGUACAUUGGCAAAUGUUAGACAUGAUUUGAUUAUACACUGAUUGUAUACAUUUAUCUGAAUUAAAGGUAAUGUAUGUAAAGUCGGGACUGCUAAAUACACUGGCAGACUAUCAGUUAUUCCACUGUAUAUCUGAUUUCAUAAAUAUGUUUGGAGGUCAAAAAGAUUAUCGAGAGAUAUUACGUUGGGUGCUGUUGCUGGGUUGUGUACAAUUUUAAAGUACAUUGUAUUAUACAUAAUUUUGAAUAUUCAUCUUUUAAUACAAAAAGUAAAUGUCAUGCAACACAACUAUUGAAGUGUUUAUUUUUCACCACCUUUUAAUUCAAAUUUAUAAAAAGUACAUUUAAAUGUGAUGUGUGGUAUGAAAAAAUGUGGAGUAAGCCCAUGCGACCCAAGCAGCAACAACCUUUUUGUGUUAAGAUACAUUAUGUAUACCAGUCUUUAAAUCAGAAUGAAUUAAUGCAAUUUUUAAAAAGAAAAUCAGUGUGAAAUGUACACUCAUAAUAAUAAAAUUUACAUAUGCAAAAUGGAAAUGAAGCAUGAUAUUCAGAAUUUUGUGUAUAAACUGAUAUGAUACAAACAGGAGUGAAGUGGAAUUUUACAAACUGGAGAGAAGUGAAUUCUACAUUAACUAGAGAGAAGUGGAAUUCUGUAUCUGUAUAUAUAUUAAUGCUUUACAAAGCAAUCACUGUGAUAAUUAAAGACAUAUUUAUUCAUAA